AUGACAAAUGACAAAUAUGACUCCCCUUCGGAUCAAGUCGGUGAUAAAACCUCCAUCCUUCGCGACCGGGAAGCCGAAAAAAUCCUGCCAUACGAUGCAGACGACUCGCCAUUCCCUGAAGUGCGCGCGGUCAUCCAACCAGUCGAUGAUCUAUCACUUCCGGUGAGUACCGCCCGUAUGUGGACCAUUGGCCUAAUUUUUACUAUUGUCGGGAGUGGUCUGAAUCAAUUCUUCAGCCUACGGCAACCUAGUGUAACGAUUAGUGCUCUGGUAGCACAACUACUGGCUUUUCCCCUAGGUUGCGCCUGGGCGAAAUGGAUGCCCCUCGGCGCCCUGAAUCCGGACCGACAUUUUAAUAUCAAAGAGCAUGGGUUGAUAACUAUCAUGGCCAAUGUCUCUAUUGGAUCGGCACAAGCAACGCAGAUCAUCGAGGCGGUUGUCAAGUUCUAUGACAUGCCAUCCCACGGCGGAUUCGAGGUUCUCCUAUGCAUUACCACCCAGCUCUUCGGAUUCGGACUCGCCGGCUUGGCCUCUCGCUGGCUUGUCAAUCCGGCAUCGAUGCUUUGGCCGCAGGUGCUAUCAAACGCGGCACUUCUGACCACCCUACACUCUCAUGAAAAUGCCGUUGCCGACGGCUGGAAGAUCACGCGCCUGCGCUUCUUUCUCAUCGUGUUUCUCGGGGGCGCCGUCUGGUAUUUUGCACCCGGAUACCUUUUCACAGGCCUCAGUACCUUUACUUUUGUCUGCUGGAUCGUCCCAUCCAACGUGGUUGUGAACCAGUUAUUUGGCCAGACAACGGGGCUGGGAAUGUCAGUCUUGACUUUUGACUGGUCCCAAGUCGUAUACGCCAAUCAAAGUCCCCUGUUGGUACCAUUUUGGGCUGGUCUUAAUGUCAUGGGGUCGUUUGCCCUAUUUUUCUGGUUGAUUUGCCCCGUCAUCUACUACACUAAUACGUGGUAUUCGGCCUACUUGCCACUGCUGAACUCGAAUACUUUCGACAACACUGGCAAUGACUACAAUACCACUCGAAUUAUGAACACCGACGGCACUGUAAACCAGACAGCCUACAGGGACUACUCUCCCAUUUUCUUGCCAGCUGGAUAUGCGCUCACGUUUGGGGUUGCUUUCGCCAAUCUCACGGGGAUCUUUGUUCAUAUCGGACUAUACCACGGCCGCGAUCUGUGGCAGCAGUGGAAUGGAACGAGCAAACGAGAUGUUCACGCUCGACUUAUGGCUGUCUAUCGGAACGUACCCUGGUGGUGGUUUGUCGCCGUCACGCUGCUGACAUUCGUGCUCAGCAUUGUUACUAAUGAGGUUUGGCACACCGGGCUACCAGCUUGGGCGGUACUUGUGGCUUUCUUGCUCCCCAUGAUCUAUUUCAUUCCCGUGGGAAUCAUCAAGGCCCUCACCAAUAUCAGCAGCAACCAGUUGAAUUUGAUGACGGAGUUUAUCGGUGGCUAUGCAUUUCUCGGGCGGCCCUUGGCCAAUAUGGUGUUCAAAUUCUACGGCUACGUUGCCGUUCAGCAAGGACUAGAAUUUGUUGCUGAUAUGAAGUUGGCGCAUUACCUACAUAUUGCUCCGCGGACUCUAUUCGCUGCUCAAGGUCUAGCCACACUCGUCGGUGCCAUUGUUCAAUGCGGAGUGACAGUCUUCAUGAUCACCCGAAUCGGUGGAGGCAAUUUUACAUGUCCACAUGGACGAGUUACUUACUCUUCGUCUCUCAUAUGGGGUGCUAUUGGCCCCGGUCGUCUCUUCUCCCCGGGUCAGACGUAUGGGAACUUGUUAUGGUUCUUACUCGUGGGUCCGGUUGUUGUAGUCAUCACCUAUAUACUCGGUCGCCGGUGGAAAGUUGUAAAUUACCUGUCAUGGCCGGUGGCUUUGGGCGCAAUGAGCCUCGUUCCUCCCGCUACAGGUGUGAGCUUCUCCUCGUGGUGGGUAAUCAAUGUCUUAUUUAAUGGAUUAAUACGUCGUCGGAGACCUGCAUGGUGGUCCAAGUACAAUUAUGUAUUAUCCGCUGCACUUGACUGUGGUGUGGCCGUGUCCACCUUGAUCAUAUUCUUCUGUAUCACCCUACCCGCUGGCUCCUUGAGCUGGUGGGGGAACACCGUGUAUACUCAAACGGCCGACGGGAAAGGCACGCCAUAUAAAGGCCUUCCUGCCCAAGGCUAUUUCGGUCCUCCGAAAGGGACAUGGCAAUGA